AUGCCUCCUUCCUGCUCCAUGAAGCUCUGUCAGGCUCAUGAAGCUGAUCGUCACGACUACUACUCCCGUGAACCGGAACGUGAGCCAGAGCGGGUACGUGAGGUGGAACGGUUGCGUGAGGUGGAGCGAAUGAGAAUGCAAUUGCUACAGAUUGAGAGAGCCUACGCGGCUGAAAUGCGUCAACGUCAAGAAGCAGCUGAAAGUGCCGCCACAGAGGCUGCCGCGCAAGAGGUACUUCGGCAGACCUUUGGAAUAGAACCUUCGAACCUCAACCAAAGCCGUCCGCGCAACGGUACAGGUAUGCAACGACGAAAUGCCAUCUCCGGCCCUUCUUCCGGUCCAAACGGGCCUCGUUGA